AUGGUCCCCAACCGAUGGGAGCUCAGCUUCUACGGCCUUUGCGAAGCGUCUUCGGGUCUCCCGGAGACGUCCAUCGAGUUUCAGUCGAAUCUGUUCGCCGGCGUCUUUUAUUCAUCCCAGUGGCCCUGUCUCAUCUCCAUUCCCUCAUCUCGCUCCUCCAUCACAAGACCGAUCAACUCUACUAGCACACAGACCGAAUCGACCUCUGCUGCCCAGGGAGGAUCAACAGGCACAGAGACUUCAACAGGUCAAAUCACCACAGUGACAUCCAUUGAUACCUUCUUCCCGACCACGCAGAUGGCGACUUCCACCAUCUUCACCACCCGGACAUCAACCAUCACAGCCUGCCCGGCCAGUGAGAGACGCACCUACACCACAACUGAUGUUAUCAUCGUCUCUACUACUGUCUGCCCUGUUACUGCCGCUGAAGCCACCGCCGCCACCACUGCUCAUACUGAUGUGGCAGCUUCCCAACCAACUGGCUCUGGCUCUGGCCUUUCGGUUACUCCGAUUCUUCCAACUCUUCUUCCUCUCAGUCUCUCUUCAUCUUCGUCUCCUUCUACAUUCUCCUCUUCUCCUUCUUCCACGUCUCUCCCUUCUUCCUCCGUCACGACUGCUCCCAGCUCCACUUAUACUGGUGCAGCAUCACGUACUUUCGGCCGGUACAAAUGGUCUGCUCUGUCUUUAGUGGCCAGUCUCCUGGUCUUGCCUUUCUUCUAG